AUGGUAAUCCGAUUACAGAGCGAGCGGAAUUCCCCCGAGCAGCCUUAUGAUAUGCAUCAUGGACGACGACCUGUUGAAGAUACCGAAGCUAUGCAGAGAGAAAUUGAGAACGUCCCAGUCCCAAUGCUUGAUCCUAUAUAUGGCAAUUGCGGACCAAUGCAGCAAGUGUGGUAUGGGUAG